AUGCGACAGGAAGGUCCUCGGCCAGAUGAAGGGGUGAACGCUGGGGGACAGCACCUUCCUGAUGGAGAGCCACACGGGGGAGGGGAUGUCCAGGUGCCUGCUGUACUUGGAAACCAUCAACAAGUUCCAAGUCUCAGAGGUGCUUGGCUCCACCUCCUCACCCGCCAUGCAGCCUGUACCAACCAGCGGGUGGCUACUGUCCACCUACGCCAGAAAGACCUUCAGCCGGAUGGAGCAGCUCCAGGCCGGGUCACCUCCAUCUUUGGGUCCAUCCUAAAGAUGGACUCGGAUGACCCGGACGGGAGUGAGGAGGUCGUCCUAGAAGAGAACGAGCCAGAGGAGGACGACGAGCACCGGGACCUUCUGGAUGAGGGGUUUGGCGAGCAGCCUGACGGUUCGCAGCCCCAGGCCCCUCUCCAGCUGCUCCUCACUCCCCCCAGGCGGCUGUUGGUGACCAGGAGGUCGUCGUCGGGCCCGACGGGACCCCCGGUUACCAGCAUGUGGUCCAUCUGUCAGAGGCUGGUGGAGCUCUGCAGGAAGGGCUACGUGAGCAACGCCGAGGCCGAGGAGAUCGUGGGUCUGUGGCAGAACCUCCUUGAGGUGGAUAAGGGGUCCGUAGCGUACCCAUCCCGCUACAAGGACUCCCUGAUGAAGGGGAGGUUCAAGAAAAGCAAGACCUCCGCACCUGGCCCAGCCGGGGGUGGAGAGCAUGAAACGCUGCGUGGUGGGAAGGGGGAGCGGUCCCGCCUCCUGCCGCCUGGUGGAGGCGGUGUUCAAGGAGCUGCCGGGCAGCAGGAGGGUGGAGGGGUGUUGAUCAGCCAGUGGUCCCUGGUCUUGAGGGACUACAACACCAUCAGGUCUGUGGUGGUGAGCCAUCCGGCCCUCAAGACCAGAUCCUCCCUCCAGCUCUUCGCCGUGAACCAGGCGACCCUCUCAGUGGUACAACGGAUUUGUACGGCUGAAAAGGCUAAAAGCCCAAGAAAGUCGAGGAUUUGCAUCAAUUGAAUUGGUCAUGGUUAAUAAAACUGGAGGUGUUGCAGGGGUGUGCUGCAUUGUUUGCUGAUGGCAGGUAUU